GGUCGAGGAAGCGCUAUUUUCUCAUACUGAUUCGAUUCUUUGACGUCCUUUUGCGAUUACCAUGUCGUCAAGUGAAAGCUCAAGUGACUCUGGCCAGUCUUCUAUCUCGAAACCACCUCAUGCAAAGAACUCUCUUCAUGAUGAUGACGAUAACACCUCGGGCUCGGACUCUGAAUCCGCAGAUUCAUCAACUGACGGCGAUUCGAAGGCUGAGGACACUCAAGUCCUAUCUCAUGCUGAGAAACGACGACAGAAGAAGGAACUAAAGAACAAGGCUCGUGACGAAAAGGCUGCAGAGAAUAAAGUCAAAAACACCGCAGAGAUAGCUCCCUCAAAGGCACCCAAGCGACAGAACUCUGUCUGGGUUGGCAAUUUGACAUUCAAGACCACGCCGCAGUCUCUGCGACAGUUCUUCGAUGGCGUCGGGGAGAUAACACGGAUUCAUAUGCCCAUGAAAUUGACCAGCGGAGGCCCGUCGGGUGGCGCGGUCAAGGAGAAUCGAGGAUUCGCCUAUGUUGAUUUUGCGACGCCCGAAGCUAAGGUGGUGGCAAUCACUCUAUCUGAGAAUCAUCUGGACGGCCGACGGCUGUUAAUAAAAGACGGUGACGACUUCGACGGCCGACCGUCCACUUCUAAGGCUGACCCAGCAGAGGGCACGCCCGGAAAGCCUUCGGGAACGACCAAGACUGCACAAAAGAUUCUGAGUGCUCAGAAACAGCCACCGGGGCCUACGCUUUUCUUGGGCAACCUGGGUUUCGCGGCCACGGAUGAAUCGAUAAGAGAAAUGUUCGACAGAACCCGAACACAAUCAAAGGGAGGUGCAGAACCGGAGGAUGAAGAACAGAAACCCGGACUCAGCGCGUCAAUACGAAAGAUUCGCAUGGGCACAUUCGAAGAUACCGGGAAAUGCAAAGGAUGGGCUUUCGCUGAUUUCACUAAUACCGAAGCUGCGACUGCAGCUCUGACGAGUCGGAAAGCAUUCUAUUUGGAUGGUCGCCAACUCGUUGUCGAAUUUGCUUCUCCUGAUGCCGUUCGCCGCGGCGGUUACAGAAGUGACGCGAGAGACAAGAAGCCGAUACGGUCAGAUUCAGCUCAGGAUAACGAGCGACCGAAACGUAAAGCAUUCGGUGAGGAAGGUGACGAGAGCAAGGCUCACGAUGCUGAGGACAAGCCUUGGAAGAGGAGACAUACGGACGAUGAGAGAUCUGAACGGCGUCGUACGACUACGAAAGAUGGUAGACCCAAGUUUCGCCCGAAACCUGGAGCUGCACUUGCUCUGGCGAAACGGCAAGAAGUCGCUAUCGUUCCCAGCCAGGGAAAGAAAACAGUCUUCGAAUAAGACUACCUACAUAGGCUUCCAUUUUUCGCUUGAAUACAUAUAUUGCUGGGUUUUACGCUUA